AUGCCAGCCCCAGAGACCAUCCCCCUGGGAGAGUGCACCCUGUCCCAGUCCCAGGAGCAGCUGUCUCCUCCACUGUCCCGCACAGAGAGCACCGUCUUCAGCCUGUCCCGCGGAGACUCCCUCUGGAACACCUCCCAGGACUCCUCCUCCUGCCCCGCCCCCCCCAAUGCCAACUGCUCGGACGUCUUCUGGCUGCCCAUCCACCUCAUGACCACCGGGGGCAGCUUCCUCCUCUGUGGCGUGGUCAUCAGCGGCCUGUACUUCGCGGGACACUGCAGGAAGGUGACCAACAUCCUGGGGCCCGCUCUGCUCUCCAUCGGCCUCAUGGUGUUUGUGGUCGGGGUCGUUCUGAUCCCCAUCACCAAAGAGAACCGCAAACAGAGCCUGAAGAAGCCGGCCUCGUACUACCGCCCUCCGGCCUUCAGCGUACCUGCCCUUGGCCACAGUAGCCCGGCCUCAGACCCCAGCCUCAGUCCCCGGCCUCAGUCCCCGGCCUCAGAUCCCGGCCUCAGUCCCCGGCCUCAGACCCCGGCCUCAGCCCUGGGCCUCUGCAGUGUCAGCAGUAUGGAGGUGCGGGCCGCCAUCGGGGCCUGCCUGCCGAUCUUCCUGCUCGCCUUGGUCUUCGACAUCACUGGGAUCAUUCUUCUCUUCCUGGGGAUCUUUGGCGACCUUCGAAUCAAAGGCGUCUUCUACGGGGACUUCCUGAUCUACACCGGGUCUCUGAUCCUGUUCUUCAGCCUGUUCCUCUGGCUGUUCUGGUACCUGGGCAACGUCCCGCCGCCGUACGACCCGCUCACCGCCGCCGCCGUGGGGAAAGGAGGCAGCAUCAUGGAGCUGGCCAGGAGCAUCUCAAGGAGGCUGAGCGAGAAGCUGAAGGGGGAGGUGCUGAGGAGGGAGGAGGGGGAGCAGGAGGAGGAUGAGGAGGAGGGGGAGAAGAAGAAGGGGAAGAAAACAGGGCGAGUUACGUGGGGGAAGUCCACCGCGUACGUGAACCCAGGGUACGAGCGCGACCCGGAGGAGGCGAGAGACCCAAAGGGUGAGGACAGAAAGGACACAGCAGAAGAUCAGAAAGAAGACAAGAAGAGUCAGGAGCAAACCGUGGACGACGCAGAGUCUGAGAGUGAAGACCAGAAGGAGCAGAGACCGGAUCAGGAGGAGCCUCCAGACAGCGGCGUGGACACCAGAGAGGACAUGACAGACGCAGAAUCUGGUUCUUUGUUCUGA